AUGGUUGAUGUUAGAGAGUUGAAAGAAAAUAAUCCAGAUUUUGCCCUUGUUCUGGAUACCAAGGAUGAUAAACUCCCCAAUACAUUUGACUUGGCAUACAAGAGGGUUCCCGUGCAUGAUGUAACUGUAGGAUCAUAUAUUCUGGUUGGUGCCGGCGAGUCUGUGCCAGUAGACUGUGAAGUAUUCCAAGGCAAUGCAACAAUUACCAUAGAGCACUUGACAGGGGAAGUGAAACCUUUGGAAGCCAAAGUUGGGGAUAGAAUUCCUGGUGGUGCAAGGAACUUAGAUGGGAGGAUAAUUGUGAAGGUAACAAAAACAUGGAAGGAAUCAACUCUCAGCAAAAUUGUUCAGUUGACUGAAGAAGCACAGUCAAAUAAACCAAAACUUCAAAGGUGGUUGGAUGACUUUGGUGAACGUUAUAGCCAAGUUGUUGUGGUGCUAUCAAUUGCAAUUGCUGUUAUUGGGCCACUUCUAUUUAAGUGGCCAUUCAUUAGUACAUCUGCUUGCAGAGGUUCAAUUUACAGAGCGUUAGGGCUUAUGGUGGCAGCAUCACCUUGUGCCUUGGCUGUGGCCCCAUUGGCAUAUGCUAUAGCAAUCAGUUCCUGUGCCAAAAAGGUCAAGUUGGUGGUUUGCGGUGCUCAACAAAAAGCAAAAAACAACAAACCCACCCCAGCUAUGUUUCAUUGGAUUGAGUCUUGCAUUAGACCAAUCUCAACCCAAGGGAUAUUACUCAAAGGUGGGCAUGUUCUUGACGCUCUAGCUUCUUGUCGUACUAUUGCAUUUGACAAAACAGGGACAUUGACAACUGGUGGACUUGUAUUCAAGGCAAUUGAGCCCAUUUAUGGUCAUCAUGUUAGAAACAAUGAAUCAAAUGUUUCUUCUUGUUGCAUUCCCACCUGUGAAAAAGAAGCUCUUGCUGUUGCUGCAGCUAUGGAAAAGGGUACUACACACCCUAUUGGAAGGGCUGUGGUUGACCAUAGUGAAGGCAAAGACCUCCCAUCCGUUUCAGUUGAAAGUUUUGAAUACUUUCCUGGUAGAGGCCUUACAGCUACUGUUAACAACAUUGAGUCAGGAACUGGAGGUGCCAAACUGUUAAAAGCAUCACUUGGAUCUAUAGAUUUCGUCACUUCUUUUUGUCAAUCUGAAGACGAGUCAGAAAAGAUCAAGGAAGCAGUUAAUACAUCUUCUUAUGGAAGUGAAUAUGUUCAUGCUGCCCUUUCAGUUAAUCAGAAGGUAACAUUGAUUCAUCUAGAGGAUAGGCCUCGUCCUGGGGUUUUUAAUGUUAUUCAAGAAUUGCAAGAUGAAGCAAAAUUUCGUGUGAUGAUGUUAACCGGUGAUCAUGAGUCUAGUGCAAGGAGAGUUGCAAGUGCUGUGGGCAUCAAUGAGUUUCAUUGCAACCUAAAGCCUGAAGAUAAGUUGAGUCAUGUGAAGGAUUCUUCAAGAGAGAUGGGAGGAGGCUUAAUUAUGGUGGGUGAAGGCAUAAAUGAUGCCCCAGCACUAGCUGCGGCAACUGUUGGGAUAGUUCUUGCUCACCGUGCUAGUGCAACGGCCAUAGCUGUUGCAGAUGUAUUGUUGCUCAGAGAAAAUAUUUCUGCAGUGCCAUUUUGUAUUGCCAAGUCUCGCCAGACAACUUCACUGAUUAAACAAAAUGUGGCUUUAGCAUUGACGUCCAUUGUUAUGGCUUCCCUUCCAUCAGUUAUGGGAUUUCUGCCAUUGUGGUUAACGGUUCUUUUACAUGAAGGUGGAACCCUGCUUGUCUGUCUCAAUUCCGUACGUGCUCUCAAUGAACCAUCUUGGUCAUGGAAACAUGAUAUCUUAUAUUUGAUGAGCCAGAUUAAAUCUAGACUUCUGUCUCUCAAGACAAAUAUCAUGGGCUCAAACAGUAUCAUAACGGCGAAUUUGUAA